UAUGUGCCACGUGUCCAGCAAUGGAGCUAGGGCAUACGCCAUGGAAAUGCAGCGCUGCUCUCGGCCAUGGGCGCCUCCGGGGAUUGCGAGUGGCAUUCACGGCGCCCGGCAGCUACGCGCUCCGCCUGAAGCAAGCACUAGACAGGGAGGGAGCCGCCACAGUCUCGUGCCCCACCAUAGCCGUGGAGCGCAUGCCACACACCCAAUCCAGUGUCCGCCGCGCCGUCUCUGCCCUCCACACCUAUAGCUGCAUCGCCUUCACGUCCAGGUCCGGCAUCGCAUCCAUCGCGCACGCUCUUGAAGAAGUGCGAUUAUCUGGUUGCGCGGAACUGGUGGUGGGGGCGCUGGGCAAGGACGCCGAGCUCAUCCAGGAGCUGGACUUGUUCAAGGAGCACCGCGAGCAGCAGAGGUUGACGGUGGUGGUGCCCCUGGUGGCGACACCCGACGCACUGGUGGAGGAGCUGGGCGAUGGCGCUGGACGCCGGCUGCUUUGCCCGGUUCCCUACGUCUGCGGCGGGCUGUCCGAGCCGGACGUGGUCCCAAAUUUCGUGGCGGCGCUCCAGCGCCACGGCUGGGACGUCGAGCGGCUGGACGCCUACGCUACCUCGUGGACCGGCUCCGCCAGCGUCACGCCGCUGCUCGCCGGCGCAGUUGAUGCGCUCGUCUUCACCAGCACCGCCGAGGUGGAGGGGCUGCUCAUGGCGCUCCAGGCUCACCACCUCACGCUCGCUUCGCUCUGGCCGUGCGUGCUGGUGGCCUUCGGCCCUGUCACCGCCCGGGGUGCCAAGCAGCUGGGAGUCGACGUUGAUGUGAUUGGCCACCGAUUCAACGGCUUCACGGAUCUGGCCGACCUCCUCGUCUCGCAUUUCCGCAAAAGAUUGGAUUGAUUCAUUCAUUCAUCGGGCAGCGAGGGAGUAAAUGACGACUGGCUUCUUGUUCCCGGGUGGCGGGGGAUACGUGGCUACAACCUCCACCUGGAAUGACUUGCGCGCCAUCUUGAAGAACUUGGUGUCUUUCGUCCA